CUGGUUGCGGGUGUUAGUGUGUGUGUGUGUGUGUGUGUGUGUGUGGUGCAAGAUUGUGUGACUAAUUUAGCACCGUGCCGGUAUGGUGCGCCGGUUUUAGCACAUAUUUGUGAGCAUCAUGACCAUUGAUGUGAGUCCUCUAAUGCCGUUUGAGCAAUAGUAGAGCGCUCGUUAGCGAAUGAUCGUUGUCCGAUGUUUCGAUGGAUGGCGUGAUGUCGUCGUUGUUAGCAUUCAUCUAAAUAGAAGUAUCUGUGACGCUUGUACCUCCUAAACCGGUACGCAUCUAUUUCAAGGACAAAGGGAUAGCAACGAUAACGCUUCCCACCACACACACUCACACAUCGAAACGAGUUUGACGGCCGUCGGUGAGCAGCUUCUCUCGCUCUCACUGUUUCUCUCUCACACACACCACUACAUCACGUAGCAAUGUGCCGCGUGUAGCUGUGUGCGAUUGUUUAUUCGAAAUUAUUUAAGCGCUCGCAGUCAUCGCGAUGGCGGUUCAAUUACUCGACUAAAGCACAAAGCGACGGUACACGGUAGAAUCGCCUGCCAGCAACAACACAUCCAAAUGGACAUCUGAAAACGAUCAGCCGGGCAACGGUGAAUAAAAGUGAAAGAAAAGUGCUGGAACUGAAAGCAAAACAAUUGCUCGAACCCGAACGAGAGACACAAAGAAAAGUGCAGCUAAGAUAACAGCUGGGCGGCUGGGCUGUCAAGUGAAUAUAAUCGGCGGUGCGAAAGAAAACCCCAAUUAAGCCCGGAAGAGGGUUCUCAAAGUGCAAAACAAAGGAGAAAGGAGUGUGCUAUCUUUGCUUCGUGCAUUAUUUGUUCCAGACGAAUCCGGAAUUGGUGUUUUGCCUCGUGUAAACAAAGUGGUAACAAAGCAGCAAAAUGCCUCCAUCGCGCCUGGAUGGUCUGUAUCGGUCGCUGCUGCUGACCAAGUUCUUCUGCAAAGGUUGGGGCAAGCCGGAAAAUCUCGAAAGACUGUUCGCGUUCCGAAAGAUCAUGUCAAAUCGUGCCGCAUGUUCACAGCUGGUGCCACGCGAUUAUCCGGUAGAGAUUACCAAGGAAGAGCUACACUCGGACUGUAAAAUACUCGAGGGGAAGUUUAUUUCGCCGCUGGAAAUUUACAUGCCCGGUCUGGUGCCGGAUGUGGCACAGAACGCACACUUCCAGAUACUGUUGCCGCUCAAGUGGAACGAUGAGCGGUAUAAGCCGAUCUGUAUCCAUCUGGCCGGUACGGGUGAUCAUUACUUUUGGAAGCGCCGGAACUUGAUCGCCAAACCGCUGCUCAAGGAAGCGAAUCUCGGUGCGAUUAUCCUGGAAAAUCCAUUCUACGGUUUGCGGAAGCCAAAAGAACAGCGUGCGUCCAGUUUACAAAACGUGUCGGACAUCUUUGUUAUGGGUGGCUGCUUAGUGCUGGAAUCGCUCGUUCUUCUCAACUGGUGCGAACGGAACGGGUACGGUCCGCUGGGCAUCACUGGUCUGUCGAUGGGAGGACACAUGGCAUCGCUCGCCGCUACAAACUGGCCUAAACCGCUAGUGCUCGUCCCAUGCCUAUCCUGGUCGACCGCCUCGUCCGUGUUUACCGAGGGCGUCAUGAGCCACUCCAUCAAUUGGGACGUGCUGGAAACGCAAUACUUUGCCGACGGUAACUUCCGGGAGCGGCUGUCCAAAAUGGUAACCGUGGUGGAUGACGCAUUUGUAGCCGGCAAGCAUUUUAUACAGAACUUCAAUCAAUCGGUGGAAGAGCUACGGUUAGACAUAAACGAAACGAAGGAUCUGGUCUGUGGCGAUUCGUCGUCGGACGUCAACUUGACCGUGAUCCGCGAGACAACGCCAGAACGGGAGCAGAAGCAGUCAAAAAAUCUCAUCCACAUUAAUCGCACGAACGCGUUAAACUUGUCCGAGCCGUUGUUGAACAAGCUGCUUUCGAACGUGCGCUGUGAGCUGACGCAGGAAGAGAUAGAUGAGCUGAAUAUGAAAAUUCAUCUUGCGCUGAAGCGCCACAACGAGGAACAGCAACAAGCGGAAGGUAGCUCGGUAGCCGGCAGCAAGUUGAUACUGGAGGUGAAAGCAGAAGACAAGGGUGCAGCGACGACGACGACGACGACGUCCACCACCACGACGGCUCCGAGUUCAAAAUCCGUUGGUUCGAAAAUUAUGGAGUACAUUAGCUGGGGCUCAUCAUCGUCCUCACCCGAUGGAGUGACGGAGGAGAAACGUAUCCCGAUCGACACGACCAAGCAACGGUGGUGGGAACGUGAGGCGCUACAAUUCAUGCGCGGCAUGAUGGACGAAUGUACGCACCUGAAAAACUUUUCCGUUCCCUACGAUACCUCGCUGAUCAUUGCGAUUUGUGCCAAGGACGAUGCGUACAUUCCGCGCGAUGGCUGCACCAGCCUGGAAGACAUUUGGCCCGGAGCCGAAAUCCGUUACCUCGAUGCUGGGCACGUCAGUGCGUACGUACUGCACCAGAAGCUGUUCCGGUCGUGCAUUAUUGAGGCGUUUGAACGGGCAAAGAAAAAGUGGGUCCCGGAAGCGGAACGGCUAUGUGGUCAGGUGAACGGUGUGGCGACCGGGCCGCCCGCGUUCGACAACGUUCCCCAAGGGCCUACAAAGCAGGGCGACUAGUUUGGCCAAACAGGAGGGGGGGAGGAACCAAAAGCCAAGGGGAAACCAAAGACGUACAGCUGCGGAAGGAGAGACAUACUCUUCCACAGACAUCUGGAAAUUCCUCCAAAGAUAUGGGGGGAUAUCGGGGGGAAAUAAGAAAAUUCCUUGCGCUCAGCAAGGAAUAGUGCCUCGAACUCGAGUUUCGAGACAUCUCCGGACGGACGAAUGGGUAUGGUUCGUCGUGUGUACCGUGACGAUACAAGUUCCACGGAACGAACGAACCAACCUACGCAACGGAGGGAACCGAAUACGCACACAAACGGAAACGGCUACCAAAUGCUUUUAAAAUAGCCGGAAAACGAAAUCUGCACACAUAUGCCUGCUGCUGGUGCGAUGUUUGCAAGGUUGUGAUAACACGCCGCAAUUGCGCGUGCACGAUGAAAGGUGUAAUUGUGAGCUAUAGAACGAACAAGAAGAGAUAAAGAGAGAGUGAGAGAGAGAUAUAAUAUUCUGAUUUUUAAAAGCUCAUGAUUUAAAGAUAAAGCUCAUGAACCAGCGGUGAAGCGAGAGAACUGAAAAACUGAGGAAGAAAUGCGUGUUUUUUGCCAUUUGUUUGUGGACCUUAAGUCAUUCGAUAGUGUUAGGCACAAUUUGCUCAUGAAACCGUGUGGCAAAACAUUCAUCGUUUACGAGUAUUUUCUGUAGCUAAGUUAAUUGUAAGCGUUAUUUACGAUCGUGCUUGUACCAUGCUUUAAUACUUUGGUAGUUCUGUUUAUUCCUUCAAUGUACCGUAACUUCGAUUUUGAAAAUUCGUCAUUCAUUUUUUAUUCGUCUGUUAAUAAAGUUGUUACUGUGAAAGUGUAAUACAUA